AUGCGUUCGCUUGGGGACCAGGUGCGCGACUGGCACCUGGGCGCACAGGCUGUGGCGCGCGGGGACUGGAGCAGUGCGCUGCGCCUCUUCUCGGGCAUCUCAGAGCAGCCCGCUAGGAUUUGCUUCAACAUGGGCUGCGUGCAUCUGCUGGCCGGGGACCCCGAGGCCGCGCUGCGGGCAUUUGACCAAGCAGUGACGAAGGACCCCUGCAUGGCUGUUGGGUUUCUCCAGCGAGGAGUGGCCAACUUCCAGCUGGAGAGGUUCCAGGGGGCCCUGUCCGACUUCCAGCUGGCCCUGGCACAGCUGAGGGGCAACACUGUCAUCGACUACACACAGCUGGGCCUGCGCUUCAGGCUGCAGGCUUGGGAGGUGCUGUUCAAUGUGGCAUCUGCACAGUGCCAACUAGGGCUGUGGACCCAGGCUGCUGACACCCUGGUGGAGGCCAUCUCCAAGUGGCCAGAGAGGGCCCAAGACGGCCUGGACACUGCUUUGAACCAAGUGCAGAAACAGGCUACCCUACAGCCCCGACAGGUUCCCAGGGGCGAGGUGUUCCGGCCCCCCCGGCGGCACCUGGAGCAUCUGCAGCCAGUGGACUUCCUGGGCACGGCCAAGGUGGUAGUGUCUGCCAUCCCCAGUGACCAGCACUCAGGUCUCCAGCCUCAGCAGGGAUGGAGAGCUGACAGCAAAGCUGGUCUGGAGACUGCACCAUGGGCCCGAGGCUUAGACCGCCAGAGAGCUGGCGCCCACCGCAGUCCUGACCCUGCAGAGACUUUGGACCAGGAGGUGGCUUCGGACCAGGCGCCGCAGGCUGAGCUCUUCGUGCCAGGCAUCAGCUGCGAGCCAGCGCGUGAGCCCGGGGGGCACCAGGUGGAGCCAAGGGGCAAUAAGACACCUGCACCCACAGGGCCACCAGUAUCUGGGGGGCCUGGUCCCAGUGCCUGUGAGGACCCCUUGGGUGCUGGGGAAGCAGGUGCAGAAGGCCCUGAGUCCUCUGUGACUGUCACCGUGCAGUGUGCCUUCACAGUGGCCCUGAAGGCCCCAAGAGGAGCUGAUCUGUCCCACCUGCGGGCACUGCUGGCUCAGGCCCUCCCGCACCAGGCCCAGCAGGGGCAGUUCAGUUACCGAGCCCCCAACGAUGCUGGACCGUGGACCCCCCUCCCUGGGGAGGAGCAGCUGCAGAGUGCCUGGAGGGACGCGGCCUUGGGGCCCCGAGGGCUGCAGCUCCAGUGCCGGGGGGCUGGGGGCCGUCCAGUCCUCCGCCAGGUGGUGGCCCAGCAUGACUACCUGGCCCAGGGGCCAGAGGACCUGGACCUCCGUCGCGGGGAUGUGGUGGACGUCCUGUGUGAAGUGGACGAGGCGUGGCUGGAGGGCCACCUGGAUGGCCGCAUUGGCAUUUUCCCCAAGUGCUUCGUGGUGGCAGACAGCGCCUGUGAGGAGCCCCCACCCGGCCCCAGACCCCAGGCCCAAGCCGACCAGGAAAGACUUUAA